AUGCUUUCCAAGACCAUCUUCGCCACUGUCUUGAUGGCCCUCGCUGCCUCCGUCGCCGCCGCUCCCACCCCCGUCGCCGCCGCUACUCCCGACAUCUUCAGCGACCUCGGCAACCUUCUCUCCCCCGGCUCUGCCAACUCAGCCUUGAACGGCAACAGCGCCGAGGGCAACGGCAACGGCAACGCAGCCGGCAAUGGCAACGGCAAUGGCAACUCUGCCGGCAACGGAAACGAGGCCGGCACUGGCAACUCUGUUGGCGACGGCAGCGGCAACGGCAACUCUGCCGAUGGCAACUCCCUGAUCAAUUUGAGCGGCUUGGAUGUUGAUCCCACCAUCGACCCUACCAUCAACCUCGCCAAAUGCAAAAACUGA